ACAUUCUAAUCUUUAUUUCCCACUCUUUCCCUUUAAAUAUAUGCAACUCGCUUAAGUGUGUAUGACCUCUACUAAUUCAGUUCUUUUCUCAAUGGCUCUUUCUUCAACAAAAGAGUUAUUAUCUCCAACUUCCACCACCUCUUUCACAUUCAUCUUCUUCUCCGUCUUGUUUCUCAGCCUCUCUGCUGCUUCGCCCAUUGACUACAUCGUGGGAUCAGAGUGUCUUAAGGUUUCUCCUUCUGCAUUCGUUGGUUCAGUGAGAGCUGUUCUUGACGUUUUGCAAGAUGUCACCGCCAUUCUCUCUGAGUUCGGCACUGGCUUCGGCGAUUUUCGUCUCUCUAACGCCGUUUCUGAUUGCCUCGAUUUGCUUGACCUCUCCUCUGAUGAACUCGAUUGGUCUGCUUCCGCUACCCAAACUCCCAAAGGGAAGCAUAAUAGUACUGGGAACCUAAGCUCUGAUUUGAGGACAUGGCUAAGUGCUGCACUUGCGAAUCCAGAGACAUGCAUGGAUGGAUUCGAAGGUACAAGUGGGAUUGUGAAGGGUCUAGUAUCAACUGGCCUUGGCCAAAUGAUUUCAUUGCUUCAGGAGUUACUUACCCAAGUGAACCCUGUUUCGGAUCACUUCUCUUUCUCCACCAAGCAGGGUCAUUUUCCUUCGUGGAUUAAACCAAGGAACAGGAAGCUACUGCAAGAAAAUGGGGUGCAUGUGGAUGCUGUUGUAGCCGCUGAUGGGACUGGGAAUUUUACUAAGGUGAGGGAUGCUGUGUUAGCAGCACCUGACUAUAGCAUGAAACGCUAUGUGAUAUACAUAAAGAGGGGUGUUUACAUGGAGAAUGUUGAGAUCAAGAAGAAGAAGUGGAACCUUAUGAUGAUUGGAGAUGGCAUGGAUGCCACUGUUAUCUCCGGUAACCGGAGUUUCAUCGACGGUUGGACCACAUUCCGGUCAGCUACUUUUGCUGUGAGUGGGAGAGGAUUCAUAGCACGAGACAUUACCUUCCAGAACACUGCUGGGCCCGAGAAGCAUCAAGCAGUGGCACUAAGAUCAGACUCUGACCUCUCUGUAUUCUACCGAUGUGGUAUUUUUGGUUACCAAGAUAGCCUCUAUGCACACACCAUGCGCCAAUUCUAUAGAGAAUGCAAAAUAAGUGGCACAGUGGAUUUCAUAUUUGGAGAUGCCACUGCUAUUUUCCAAAACUGCCAAAUACUUGCUAAGAAAGGGUUACCAAAUCAAAAGAACACCAUCACAGCUCAAGGGAGAAAAGACCCUGAUGAACCAACUGGUUUCUCCAUGCAAUUCUGCAACAUCUCUGCUGAUUCUGACCUUGUUAACUCAGUUAACUCCACACAAACAUACCUUGGCAGACCAUGGAAGCCAUAUUCAAGAACAAUUUUCAUGCAAUCUUACAUAAGCAAUGUGUUAAGGCCAGAAGGGUGGUUAGAGUGGAAUGGGGACUUUGCUUUGGACACAUUGUACUAUGCAGAGUACAUGAAUUAUGGGCCAGGAGCUGGACUAGUUAACCGGGUGAAAUGGCCAGGGUUCCAUGUGAUGAAUGAUUCUAGGCAGGCUAGUAACUUCACUGUGUCCCAAUUUAUUGAGGGGAAUCUUUGGUUACCUUCAACUGGUGUAACGUUCACUGCGGGGUUGAGUGUUUAA